CCAAGAUAAACGUAAUCUUUAGCUCCGUUUUCGUAUACUUUUCGUUUUCUGUGUACUGUGUACUGUCAGGGUGUGACGUGACGUGACCUUUCUGCCUUCGAUUUGAGUACAUAAUAGUUUCUAACAAUGACAGCAAGGAUUAAUACUGCCGAUCGGAAAAUGAAAUCCAAAUCUGCUGAUGUCAGAAAUAUAUGGAAAAGUGCUAUCACUCAAAACUCAGAAUGGGCUGACAAAGAUGAUUUUCUAGAUGUUGUUUACUGGUCUCGACAGGUGAUUGGUAUACUAAUCGGAGUAGUCAUGGGUAUCAUUCCGAUAAAAGGAUUCAUUGCAUUGGCACUGUUCGCAUUGAUCAAUUGUGGAAUCGUUUAUUUCUACAGCACGAGCUUCCAAUCCAUCGACGAAGAAGCCUACGGAGGUAUAUGGGAAGUUAUCAAAGAAGGGUUUAUGACUUCUUUUGCUUGCUUUUUAGUUACAUGGAUUAUUUUUUACACUGGUAUACACUUUGAUACAUUGACAGUUAAGACAAUUCAAUAAUCUAUGUUAUUAAAUAAAAUAAAACCACAUAAAAGAUGGCAAAUAUUUUUCAAAAAAUAUAUCGUUUGAAAUGAAA